UUUGCCUGUCUCUCCUCAGACUGAUGAUGGCUGAAGCCCAGCUGUGUAGAUUACAAGACGAGUUCACCUGCUCGGUGUGUCUGGACACCCUGACUGACCCCGUCACCAUCCCCUGUGGUCAUAAUUUCUGUCUGAAGUGCCUCACUGACUACUGGGAUCGGAGCCAAGAGUGCAGCUGUCUUCAGUGCAGAGAGACGUUCACCAUGAGGCCUGCUCUGAGAAGAAAUAAUCUGCUGAAUGAAGUCAUCAAGAACUUAAAGAAGACGACACUCACUUCUACUCCAUCUCAGAAUUAUGCCAGCCCUGGAGACGUGGAGUGUGAUUUCUGUACUGGGAAGAAGUUCAGAGCGGUGAAGUCCUGUCUAACCUGCAUGGCCUCCUACUGUCAGACUCACCUUCAGCCUCACCUUGAAGGAGACGCCCUGAAGCACCACAAGCUGGUUAAUCCUGAUGGAAAUCUGAAGGAGAAACUCUGUGAGAAACAUCAGAAAAGUCUGGAGAUGUUUUGCAGAACUGAUGAUUCCUGUAUCUGCAUGAUGUGUGCGGUGACUGGACAUAAAAAUCAUGAAAUGGCUGUGCUGGAGAAAGAAAGAGAAGAAAAACAGAUUUCAGUGAAAAGAGAGGUAGAGGAAAACAAGAAGAGCUUCACUACUCUGAUACGGUGCAUUGAGGAAGCCCACAGAAAACUGACUGAGAGGAUCAAAGAACAAGAAAAAAGAAAAACAGAGAAGGCUGAAGGAGUCAUUGAGCAACUAGAGAAGGAGAUUGAGGAGCUGAAGAGGAGAGAAGCUGAGCUGAAGGAGCUUUCAGAGACCAAGGACCAUCUCCACUUCCUACAGGUGAGAGCGACACUUCACAUGGAGUCUGAAGUCAUCCACCAGAAGAUGCCGCACAUUUACAUUGAGUCAGCGGUGGCUGGUGAUGGAGGACGGGUGUUCACACAGAGCGAGCUGAAUGCGGGCACGUAA